CCUCCUCCUCCUCCUGCCGCUCCCCGGCCCGGCUCCGCUCGCCAUGGGAGAUGUGGUCUCCACGCACCUGGACGAGGGUCGCCGCCAGCACAUCGCGGAGAGGACGGGCGCGGUGCUGCGGGAAUUCUGCCGCUGCUACCGGGAGCAGUUCGGGGUCGCGCUCUUCAACAGCGUCCGCUACGAGAUCGAGGGCGCCGGGGGACCCCAAGCCCAGCUGCUGCACCGCAAGGUCCCACUGGAGGACCAUGUCAUCUACUCGGGCAACCUCUUCCAGUACAUCGAGGAGAACAAGAAGUGGAGGAACCGCUUCUGUGUGGUCCCACACAACUAUGGCUUGGUCCUCUACGAGAACAAACUGGCCUAUGAGCGGGACCUGCAGCCCCGUGUGCUGAUCAACAGUGCUGGCUACAAGGUCCUCACCUCUGUGGACCAGUACCUGGAGCUGGUGAACAGCAGCCUGCCUGGUGUGACCCCCAAGUCGGGACACUCCCCCAUCCUGAAGUGCCCCACGGAUUUCCCCCUCAUCCUCUGGCACCCCUAUGCCCGCCACUACUACUUCUGUGUGAUGACAGGGAAGGAGCAGGAGAAGUGGAGAGCAGUUUUCCAGGACUGUGUACGGCACUGCAACAACGGGAUCUCUGAGGACUCCAAAGUGGAGGCUCCAGCCUUCACGGACGCCAUCCGCAUGUACCGCCAGUCGAAGGAGCAGUACGGCACCUGGGACAUGCUGUGUGGCAACCAAACCCAGGUCCUGAGCAACCUGGUGAUGGAGGAGCUGCUCCCCGAGCUGAGGAACACCAUCGGCCCCCGGCUGAAGGGCAAGGCUCAGGAGCGCCAGCGCACCUGGAUCCAGAUCUCAGAUGCUGUCUAUAGGAUGGUCUACGAGCAGACUAAGGCCCAGUAUGAUGCAGCAAUGGCCAAGUGUGAAGAGGAGCGGCCCCAGAUGGAGAGCACCAUCCGCACCGACAUGGACCAGAUCAUCACUUCGAAGGAGCACUUGGCCAGCAAGAUCCGAGCUUUCGUCCUCCCCAAAGCAGAGAUCUGUGUCCGUAACCACGUCCAGCCCUACAUCUCCUCCAUCCUGGAGGCCCUGAUGACCCCCACGAGCCAGGGCUUUGCUGAGGUGCGGGAGGUGUUCUUCAAGGAGGUGACGGACAUGAACAUGAACGUCGUCAACGAAGGUGGCCUGGAGAAGCUGGCAGAGUACAUGGAGAAGCUUUCCCACCUGGCCUUCCACCCCGUCAAGAUGCAGUCAUGCUAUGAGAAGAUGGACCAGCUGAAGCUGGAGGGCCUCCAGCAACGGUUUGAUGUGUCCAGCACAUCUGUCUUCAAGCAGAGGGCCCAGAUCCACAUGAGACAGCAAAUGGACGACGCCGUGUACACGUUUGAGACGCUGCUCCACCAGGAGGUGGGGAAGCUGCAGGGCAAGGACGACCUGUGCAAGUCCAUCCAGCGCAUCCUGGAGAGGGUGCUCAAGAAAUACGACUAUGACAGCAGCACCGUGAGGAAGAAGUUCUUCAGGGAGGCCCUGCUGCAGAUCACCAUCCCCUUCCUGCUGAAAAAGCUGGCACCCACCUGCAAGGCGGAAUUAGCCAAGUUCCAGGAGCUGAUCUUUGAGGACUUUGCUAACUUCAUCCUGGUGGAGAACACUUAUGAGGAGGUUGUGCUGCAGUCAGUGAUGAAAGACAUCAUGCAAGCUGUGAAGGAGGCAGCGGUGCAGCGGAAGCACAACCUGUACCGGGACAGCAUGGUGAUGCACAACAGCGAUCCCAACCUGCACCUCCUGGGGGAGGGCAUCCCCAUCGACUGGAGCGAGGAGUACAGCGGCCAGCCCGAGCCCUCCCCGGCCGCCGACAAGCGCCGCAGGGCCAAGCAAGUGGUGUCCGUCAUCCAAGACGACGAGGGGGUCCUGCCCUACGAGGUGGGCGCCGAGGAGCUGCUGCAGCCACGGCAGCCGGAGCAGCCGCCCAGCCCCCCGGGGGGGGUGCGGGAAAUCCGGGAAGCGCUGGCCCAGGAGAGCCCGGGGGGUGAGGUGGAGGAGCGCCUGACCAACGGUACCGACGGCAGAGGGGAGAGCAGUGCCGCCCAGGAGGUGGCAGGGCCUGUCCCAGGUGAUGUCCCCUUGCAAGGUGAGGGAGGCAGGGAGCGCGGCACCACGCCGGCAUCGCCUGCUUCUGGAGCCCAGGUCCCAGCAGGGGCUGGGGGGCAACAUCCUGCACCAGCAUCACCUGUUCCUGGAGCCCAGGUCCCAGCAGGGGCUGAGGGGCAGCAUCCUGCACCAGCAUCACCUGUCCAUGGAGCCCAGGUCCCAGCAGGGGCUGGGGGGCAGCAUCCUGCACCAGCAUCACCUGUCCAUGGAGCCCAGGUCCCAGCAGGGGCUGAGGGGCAGCAUCCUGCACCAGCAUCACCUGUCCAUGGAGCCCAGGUCCUGGAACACCGUGCACCAGCAUCCCCCGUGGCACCAUCACCCAUGCCCAGAUCCCAUGUUCCAACAUCCCCCAAGCCUGGAGCAGAUGUCCCAUCAGAGGCCAAGGUGCCCCAUGCCACACCAGCAUCACCCACACCCAGAGCUGAUGUCCCACCACCAUCUGCUGGGACGGCGUGCCACCAGCCCAGUGACAAGGAGACGGGCGAGGAGGUGGCCCCCCCGGGCAGUGGUUGCAGCCCCCCACAGCCCCCAGGCACGACAGAGAGCAGCGAGGGGGUGCAGACUGAGUUCUAGCCCUGGGACCCCUUGCCAUGGACUGGCCCCAGUGCUGGGGUUGGGGGAAACAGGACCUGCUGCCAGGGAUGGAGAGGGAGGGGAUGGGGAACACCGAGACCUUAUUGCCUAUCCGGGGGGGGAUCCCCACUAUUCUGUGGGGCUGGCCAUAGCUGAAGUGGUCCUACUGGGUCAGACUGGGGGAGACCCCUGGCCCAGGGUACCCCCUGCACUCUGCUCUGUCCUUUUUUCUGCCUUAUUUUCUUCUUUUCUACUGAAGAGAUGCUUUAUCUGCCCCCCCCCAGCCCAAGUGCCGGGGGCUGCCCGGGGGGGCUGGCACUAGCCCUGCUGGGGGUGGGGGUGGGGGAUGCUCCCAGUUGCCCCAGGGGUCAUCUCUGCCCCAACCUGGGGGGGGGUUUCCUGGGAUCCUGCCCACCUCUAGCCCACCCAGCCCGCUCCGGGAGUGCUGGUGGGAGUCAGGGCCAUGGGGGAUGAUGGAAAAUGUGAUGGUGGCCAGGGGCACAGCAGGGACACAGGGUGGCUUGAACCACUGUCCCAUUGGGGCAGGCUGGGCUUUUGGCUCCCAGGGUGGGCUCGUUAACACCCAGGGUGGGCUCAUGGCACCCAGGGUGGGCUCACAGCAGCCAGUGCCCACCUCCACCCUGCCGCUCUGUAAGCUCAGAGUAAAAACCCUAGCAGGCAAGGUGGCACUGACACAAUGUCCCCACCUUUGCCUGGCAGGACUGGGCUGCCUCUGGUCCGUGCAGGAGGGAUCCCAGCUCCUGCUCCCCUGCCCCAGCCCCAGGAGCUCCUCAGCACCACGCCAGGAUGAGUUCUCAGGCUCUCAAGCCUGGCAGGUUUUUGGCACCUGCAGUGACGGUCGGGCAAAGAGUUGGUACCUUAGCAGGGGUUUGCUGGCACCCCCAGCAGACCCUGCCUGCUGUGGGGAGGGGGCUGUGCCAGGCUCCCCCCCACAGAGGUGCUGAGAGCCCCUGGGCUGGCCCAGAGCCACCUGUGUGGUGCACGGAGGAAGGACCAGCACCCCGACCCUUGCCUCUAUUUUAGGUGUUUCUGCCUCUGAAAGGGGGUGCCCAGCCUAACCCACUCGGGGAGGCCCCCCAGAGUGCCUUGCUUUGGGAACUUAAAAAAACCUGUCUCUUCCAGGAUAUUUUAUUAAGAAAGUUAUACAAAUGUUUAAAAAAAUAUGCUUAUAAUAAUUAAUAAAAUGGAAAAGCUUUAUUUAAAA